UCAAAAAAUUAAUAAAAUGACACCAAAAAAAAAAGUUAGAAGUAUUAGAUUGGAUAAAAUAUUUUUAGUUAAAAAGUUAAUCGAAAAACUUCCAGCUAAAAAAUUUGCAACUGCUAAAGAGAUAGUUCAAUAUUAUCUCUUUCUACGAAAGUCAAAGAGUGAAGCAAAACUGAGGUUCCUCGUAGGUUGUCCGAAUAAAAGUUCUUCUUUUAUACCUAAUUGUCCAGUUGAUCAGUCUGACUGCUGCAUACUGUCCAAACUAAUGGUUCCUUGGAUACUUGGUGGAUUUAGAGUGCUUACAAUACAAAAGUUAAGGAUUAAAAUUGAGAAAUUGUUGAAGGAAUGGAUGAAAUUAAAAGAUCAAAGAUACAGAACAAAUCCUGCUGAAAUAAAAAAAAGACAUUUAUUUGAAGAGCAAAUGAGUAAAGUAUUUUGGAUUGGAAAACAUCCUAAUGUUAUGUUUGAGGAAAUAUUAAAAGAUAAAAUGAGAAAAUUGAAAGACAAGGAAGAAGAUAUUGCUUUCUUAAAAGACCAACUGGAUGAAAGAAAAGGAAGUCUUGGAGGUAGAGAUAAAAGAUAUGAAUAUUCUGUAAUCAGAAGUAAAAGAAGCACAUCAAAGUUCAGUAAAAAUCCGUCAGUAGAAUUAAAUAAGAAUGAUUCAGAUUAUCUAAGUUCUGCUAGUUAUACUAGCGAUGAAUUAGGUGAAGAAACAGAUAUUGACUUUGAUUUUAAUGAGCAUCCUAAUGAUCAAAAUUCUGUUCUGCUUCCUAAAAAUAUCCUUCAGUCAAACGCUCAUACAGCAGUGGGAGAAGGUAUAACACCCCAUCAACAUACAGCAUUGAUUAGUAGUGUUAUUGUUAUGUCUGGUGGUUCUGUAGCAAACUUUAAUUGUUCUAAAUCCACAUCUUAUAGAGCUGCGGAGAACAUAAUAUCUGCCAGGGCAAAAGAAAUAAGAGAAUACAUAAAAAACAUUGUAAUAUUAUCAGAUUCACUAAUGACUAUACACUUUGACGGAAAAAUAGUUAAUGAACUAACAGAGAGAAAGCAAUUUAAAAAAGAUAGAAUUGCAGUUUUGCUAAGAAUUGAUAAAAAAACAGAACUACUUGGCAUUCCUCCAAUAGAUUCUAGUUCAGGGGUUAAUCAAAAGCAAGCUAUAGUGGAAUUGAUGGAGUAUUUUGGAUUAAAAGAUAAGGUCAAAUGUCUCUGUUUCGACACAACUUCAGCAAAUACAGGAAGAUGGCAAGGUACUUGCAUGAAAUUAAUUCAACAAGUUCAACGUCCAUUGUUGUUGAUUGCAUGUCGACAUCAUGUAAUUGAACGACACAUAGCCCAUUUCUGGAAGAUUUACCCAAGCAGCGAAACUUCUGGUCCAGAAAACAAACUAUUUGAAGUUUUAAAACAAAACUGGAACAGUAUAGAUGCUGAAACUAAGGAACUGAAAAGAAUAAUAAUACCACCUGGAACAUGGAUAUAUAAUCAAAAAUUAGCUGCUGUUCAGUUUUGUAAUAAUGUGAUCAGUUUGAAGAUCUUCAAAAAGGACAGAAAUAUAAGAAAAGAAUACCACGAGCUAGCUGAACUUACUUUAAUGGUUUUAUCAUCAAAUAGAUUUAAAUUUCAUUUACCGGGACCAAUUCACCAUUCAAGAUUUAUGGGAAAAGGUUUAUACUAUUUAAAGUUGUAUCUUUUAAUGAAUGAAAUCCAAAACCUAACUGACAAACAUAAGGAAGAAAUAACUGGUAUGGCUUUGUUCAUAAGCCUUUUCUAUACAGAGUGGUUUCUAAAAGCAGAGUUAAGUUCUUUGGCACCAACACAGGAUAUAAAAGCUUAUUGGCAAAUGAAAAGGUUUGAGGAAUGGAAUCUACUUGGCUCUCGAGCUGUUGCUAACUCUAUUCUCAGACAUACUUGGUAUCUGGAUCCAACUUUAGUAGUUUUUGCCCUAGCAAAUAAAGAAUGUAGGGAACGUGGUGAUAUGGCCAAAAAACUAUAUAGUUUACAAAGAUGUCCAAGUGAAAGUUUUCCUUUGGAACGCCAGGUAAUGGACCAAGCUAUAUUGAAUAGCCUCAACUUCAGUAAAGAUGAGCCCCCUAGUUUGACUCCACUAGUAACAGAAAAGUCGUGGCUUGUUUUUGACAUGCUUAGGCAUGGAAAAGCAGAAACUCAAUGGAUGAAGACUCCACCAGAAGUUUGGAAAUUUAAUGAUUAUUAUCUAGAAUUUAGAGCAACAGUUAAGGGACUUGAUGUUGUUAAUGACUGCUCUGAGAGGGCAGUUAAGUUAGUUCAAGACCUAAUAAACAGAGCAUAUUCUGAGGAGAAAAGGCAGGACACAUUUCUAUUUACAAAUAGUUAUAAGAAAAACAGAAAAGGCAGGAAAAAAACAGAUUACGAAAAAGCCGCAAAUAAAGACUAGUUUCAUUUUUUUGUUUAUAACAAUUUUUCAAGAAAGAAUAGAGAGGAUCAUAACUUCACUAGGAUUUCUGUAUUUUAAUAUAAAAGAAACUUUACUACUGAUUUAAAAUCUUUUACAGUUUUA